ACUGUAACAUCAACUAGUUAUUAAAUUUCAAACCAAUAUCAGAACAACAAAAUCAGUUGGCUAAUCAGGAUGAUGUGCAUGACUUGCAGACAUUUCAACCACCUCGUCAAUUUUCUUCUAACUGUCGCCGUCAUUAUGCUAUUUGUGGAACUCAUUUUGGCGGGCAAAACACGCCACUCCAAGAUGGCCAAUCGGGAGAGGUCUGUUGAAAACAACCAAUUACCGACCGGUAAUUCAGUGACGUCAGAGGCUUACUGUGAUUUAGAGUUAAAUUGCAAGGGCGACAUGCUGGAGAUGCCGACUCCGAUGAAGCUGCCGAUACGAGGAGCCAGGGGCCCAGCAGGACACAAAGGAGAAAAGGGAGAAAAGGGCGAAGGUGGAGCACCCGGAAUGGACGGAAUGCCAGGGAUGUCACCACCGUCUCCAUCAAAAGUUGCAUUUUUUGUUGGUCUGCAGAAAGAAAUUCAGUCAGUCACGAACCAUACAACAGUCGUCUUUGAUAAGAUUCUCACUAACGUCGGCAACGGAUACGACCAAAAGACUGGAAAGUUCAAGGCACCUGUUUCUGGGACCUACUUCUUCAAUGUUGUUGUGUCCGCCAAUACGAAAGAUCGGUUAGCGAGUCAAGCAGCGGUGAUCCUGGUGAAGAACGGAGGAAUGAUUGUGACUGUGUGGGCGGAGGCAUUCCCGAACUGGGCAACAUCAUCGAAUGUUGCUAUCCUGAACCUCGUGAAAGAUGAUCAGGUGUGGUUGUUCCUGAUAAACAGGGCACCGAACCUGUACGGAAACAUGUACUCAAGCUUUUCUGGCUUCCUGCUUUUCGAAAAUGCUGUUUAAAUAGUUUCUAACAUCCUGGUCUGGCAUAAUGACGUUCACAUUAUGAUGAGAGAUGAGAAACUUCUUUUUACAUAUAAAAUAUAACUGUAUUUAUUUAGUUUUAUUUAUAUAUAAAUAUUUUAUUUAUUUAAAAAUUCGAAAUUUUAGUUAGUUUGUACAGGUGCAAAGUAUUCUAUAUACAAAUUUAUAUAUUUAUUUGUUCAUUCAUUUACUAUUUAUUAUUUGACGCUUAUAAGUAAUAAUAAUUUGAUGAUAUUGUUUAAUAUUUGAUUAUUUUUAUCCAUUAGUUUAUAUAUGAUUUUUAAAAAAAUCAUAUCACA